AUGGAGUUUCUUCCCAUAGAGCCAAUUGUUGUGAAAAACGAUGACAAUAAAGUAAAUUUAAACACGGGAAAACAAGCAAUCACACAUGAUAUAGUAUUUACAUGGUUCGACAUACUGGUUUACGAGUUCAUGGAAAAUGGGACUCUGAGAGAUCACCUCUAUCAUUCAGAUGACAAAUCUGAGAAAUCAACUUCACGGUCUGAAUUGUCUUGGGAGCAAAGAGUAGAAAUAUGCAUUGGUGCAGCAAAGGGCCUGCACUAUCUACACACCGGUCCAGCUGGAGGAAUCAUUCACCGUGACGUUAAGUCAACAAACAUUCUUCUCGAUGAACGUUAUGUGGCUAAAGUUGCCGACUUCGGCCUUCCAAAAUCUGGCCUUCCUGAUCCGGAAAACUUCACCAUGGGUGUAAAGGGUAGCUUUGGUUAUCUUGAUCCAGAAUACCUUACAACCCUACAGUUGACAGAGAAAUCUGACGUAUACUCCUUUGGAGUUGUACUUCUUGAAGUUCUCUGUGCUAGACCGGCUAUCAUACAGUCAUCUCGGUUGGAUGAGAUGAACUUAGCAGAAUGGGGGAUGUUGUGGCAAAAGAAAGGCCAACUCGAGAAUAUUAUUGAUCCGGUGCUUGUUGGUAACAUUAAGCCAAGUUCAUUGAGAAUAUUUGGUGAUACUGCAGAAAAGUGUUUGAAGGUAUUUAGUAUUGAGAGGCCGACUAUGCAUGAAGUGUCAUAUUACCUAAAUUAUGCACUGCGGCUUCAAGAAACUGGGAUGCCCAGAGAGCCAUUUGAGGACAGCACAACGACUACCAUAACAUCAUUGGAAUUGCAGUUUCCAAUUGUGUUGAACUUUCCUGUUCAUGAAGAUGAUGAUGCACCCAUUGGAGGGGAUGAUAGUUUUGAUAUAGAGGUUUGUGAAGUCUAA